AGCUUGGGUACCACCACCGGCUGAGCCUUAGGCGGACCUCGGCAGUGAUGUGCUGACCGCGGGAAAGGGAGCGCGGGGUGCCUCCUUGGCAACUCUUGGAGCGCUUUGCUUCCAUCCUUCUUCUUCUUCUUCUUCUUCUCCUUCUUUCUUCCGAGCCUCCUUUUUCCGCUCUUUUAAAAAAAAAAAAGCAAACAGUUGCAAAAGACUAACUGUUGAUCGCUCCAGCCAGGCGAGGCGCGAAGUGAAUAAACCACAAAGGGUUCUGGACACCAACGUAUUUUGGCCAUGGAUGUAUUCAUGAAAGGGUUUAACAAAGCGAAGGAAGGCGUGGUAGCAGCAGCAGAGAAAACCAAGCAAGGUGUGGCAGAAGCAGCAGGGAAAACAAAAGAAGGAGUCCUCUAUGUGGGGUCAAAGACCAAAGAGGGCGUGGUUCACGGUGUCACAACAGUGGCUGAGAAAACCAAAGAGCAAGUGUCAAAUGUAGGGGGAGCUGUUGUCACCGGAGUGACAGCCGUAGCCCAGAAGACGGUGGAAGGCGCUGGAAAUAUUGCUGCAGCCACUGGCUUUGUCAAGAAGGAUCAGUUGGGCAAACAGAAUGAAGAAGGUCUUACACCAGAAGGAAACACAAAUCCAGCAGAUCCAGAAAAUGAGGCCUAUGAAAUGCCGCCUGAGGAAGAAUACCAGGAUUAUGAACCAGAAGCUUGAAUCUCCUCUCUUUCUUUCUUUCUUUCUUUCUCUCUCUUGCUACCUGUCAACGAAAACAUCUUGUCCUGUACAAGUGCUGAGUUCCAAUGUGUAAACUACUUUUUAUAGUUUUUAUAGUGUCUUGAAGUUUUCCAUCCGCAGUGAAUGGAGCAUCUAUAAUUGUUUUCAGUUUCCAUGUCUGUGACCAAUCUCCGCCUGAAAUGGAGCCUGGGUCCAAGAGCCAUUGCUGUUGUCUGGAUAUUGUGGCUUCAAGUUCUAAACACCGAAAACAAUUUAAAGAACACCUAAGUGUCUACUCCUUAUUUAGAAAGCUGUAAAUGUUUUAUUGCUGGAUCAUUGGUAAUUUAGUAUCGUUUAUGGUAUGGAAGUUUUUAAAAUGUUUUCUAUGGUCAUUCUUUGUUGUCUGAGAAUGACCUCAUUGUGAAAGUUGUUAAUAUAUUUCUAUACAUAUAUACAUAUAUAUAAAGUAACUCAGCAUGAACUAUGCACCU